CCUCACGAUUAUAUCGACCAUCAACGCCGUGAACGCUCUCCAUAUUCUCCUCGCGCACCAUGUUCGCCCGGACGUUCCUUCAGCGUGCGCCUCUGCGCACUGCGCCAACGAUCUUCCGCGCUGCCUACAGCUCCGGCUCCACACCUCCCCAGAAGGCCGGCCAAACACCUGCCAACGACCCUGCACCACAAGAGCCCAAGCCGAACGUCUCAGCGACCAAUGAACUCCCCAAGUCCUCUAAUGGCGCUUUCGACCAAACUCUGCAAGAGAGCGUAGCCCAGGGCGAGCAGCUCAGGGUUCAACAGGCACCCAACCGACAUGGAAUCUGGACCCGAAACCAGCAGCCGAGGGAGGUCGCUAUGACUGGCCCCAGAUUUGAGCAGACUACCUUUGCGGACCAGCCCCAACCUCAUGCCGCUAUCGACCUUAUCCAUAAGCAACCCGUUCGCUGGACACAUGAUCGUGUUGUAUCCUGCGAUGGAGGAGGCGGCCCUCUCGGCCACCCCAAGAUUUUCAUCAACACAGACAAGCCGAAGAUCUGCUGGUGCACAUACUGCGGAAUUCCAUUCGCCAACGAGCACCACCGAAAGCACCUCGAGUCCCUUCCCGAGACAUCCUACCCAUUGGGUCCGUCAGGCGACGCUGCCGAGGUGAACGAGUCGCAAAGGGUCACAGACGAGCCACUAGGACAGCGGUAAACACAUGCAUGGAGGAAUGUGUAAAGUGUAUAUAUGUAGUAGCAGA